CCACCCGAGAGGCCGACGCGCUUCAAGCCGCGAUGCUGACGCCGGACGAGGAAGACUACUUUGAUGCGAUGACGCAGGAAGACAUGCGCGCCAUGAUGAACGAGAACUUUGGCGUCGUCUUGGCACGCGUCGGAAGCCAUCCCUUCUGGCCGGCACGGAUGGUUGAGCUCGAAGAAUGGGUCGACCACGUGGCGCACCGCCAGCGCAAGGGACAGAUCUGCGUCUACUUUUACGGCUCGCACAACUACGGCUGGACGUUGCGCAACGGAUUGCACGCGUUUGUCGACGACCACCCGUCGUUCAAGUCGGUCAAGAAAGGGACCAAAAUCUGGACCCAGUACACAGAGGGCCUCGGCGAGGCCAAGCAGGCGAUCGUGACCGCGACCGCCAUCAAUGCGACGCCCUUCUAUGAGCGCAUCAUCCAGAAGAAGAAGGAUUGUGAGGUCGAUGUGCCCUGCAGCGGAUGCACUAAGAAAGGUGGCGACGGUCUGCGCCUCGUCUGCGACGGCAAAAGCUGCGAGAAGGAGUUUCACAUGGCCUGCCUCGACCCGCCACUGACGACCGUGCCCGAGGGAUCCUGGUUCUGUCCGACCUGCGCCAAGCGCCAGCCAAAGCCAGCCGUCGAGGCCACGUCGCCAACGACAACCAAGCCCAAGGCGACGCCGGAAGCCAAGCACAUGACGCGCAAAUCGGAUGCGUCCAAAUCUCGCAAGCCCGACGGCCGAAAGACCAAGGCUUCGUCGCCGCCGACGACGACCGAGCCCCUGCUUGACGACGUCGAGUCGGAAGAGCGCUGCUUCCUCUGCGGCCUUGGCGGCGAACUCGUCGUGUGUGAGUUUGGCCGCUGCACCAAGGUGUACCACCAGCUCUGCCUCGGCGCGUACCCUUUUCCCGUCGACGACGAGACGCAGUGGGUCUGUCCUCGCCACACGUGCGCGAUUUCUGGCGCCCGCGAAGAGCUCGGCGCCAAGUCGACCAUGUGGCACUGCCUCCGCUGCCCGCUCGCGAUCGACGAGGCUGUCUUGCCCAACAACGCCGCGCUGACAAAGAUGAGUCGCCGGGAAAAGACGCUGAUGUGCCCGCACUGCGUGUGCCCUGUCGCCAAGGUGCGUCUCGCCAAGUUCCUCGAGCGCAUUUGGUCGCUUGUCGCAACGAACCGGCAAGGCCUCCCGUUCUGCGGCCCGCUCUUGCCUGGCGUCGACCGGCCUUCGUGCCUCGAAGACGGUCGCGUCCUGGACCUCUUCCAGAUCAUGGCCAACAUCCGCGCGCUGCAGUACCAAAGUGCGCUCACGUUUGCGUUUGAUAUCCGCGAGGUUGUGGACACGGCACUCGCCAUCAUCAACAACCGCUCCGCACCGUUGGUCGAGGCCGCCAAGAGCCUUGGCAUGGUCGUGGACGAGCAGCUCAAAACGUACGCGGCGCAACUGAGCGCAGUGCAACCGUUCUUGGACGCCAACGAUCCCGGACUUGGCGACCAGCCGGCGCACAUUGCGCAAGCGUCGAUGGCGUGGCCGAUUCCGUGGCGAAAAGAGUGCACGCCCUUUGGCAGCGCGAGCUACGUGCACACGGACGCGCGGACGCUCGACGAGUGGACGGCGUACAUUACGAGCGCCCCCGUCUUUGUGGAUGUAGCGCCGCCGGUCGCUGCGGCGCCGCCAGUGGCCGUGGACGAAGCGGACCGCGGCUCGCGACACCUGCCGUCGACCAUGCCCUCCACGACGGGAUUGACGUGCUCACGGCGCUCUCGGGCCUCGCGCAGCUCGACGGCAACGACGCGCUCGCCGCGUUCCAGGCGGACCAAGCCGUUCUCUCCAUGUCGAGCGUCGAGAUGGACCUCAUGUUCAAGCAGCAAGCGGGGCUGCUUCGGCGGGCGCUGCAAGGCCACGCAGCACUCCAGCACGCGUGGCUCACGCAGCAGCAGAAUUUACUCGGGACCGACUCGACCCAGCUCCUUACGAUCGGCGAAGGUCGCCUCGCCGCCGAGCUCCGGCUGGCCAAUAUGAACCUCAAGGCGCGGCUGCGGGCCAAAGAUGAGAUUCUACAGCAGCUCACGGCCGACCAUCUAGCGCUGACCGCCCAGCUCCAAGCCGCGCACGCAGCCAUGGCUGAAAAAGAGAAGGAUCUGGAUGCAGCACUGCAGCGGGAGACGCUGGACGACACGGCACCAGCGCAGUCGCCAGCAACGGACACGCGCAGACGAAAGGCCACGGACACCCCUGACUCGGUGCCAUCCAAGGACCGACGCACAAGGGCAAAGAAGCACUAGGUCGCUUAUAGUAGUAACGACUCCCACAACCACUGCAUGCUACUCAUGCCUCUUGGGGAC